CAUGUGCGUGUUUGAUUAUUGACCACUGCGCCUGCCAAGUCAAUUAUUUUCGAUUUGCUGCCAUAGUAGUACUUUAUACAAUAAUUUUUCAAAGUUGAAGUUGUUUCUCUACUAAAAUUAACCGCUAUUUAUGAAAAAUGAGUUUCAGUUCUAAGGGAAGGAAUAGCACCAGAGUGUUCGUUGGUGGUCUGACGUACAGAGUCAGAGAACGAGAUUUAGAAAGAUUUUUUAGGAAAUACGGUCGAAUUAGGGAGGUAUCCAUGAAAAACGGGUUCGCCUUUGUUGAAUUUGAAGAUCAUAGGGAUGCAGAAGAUGCGGUCUAUGAAUGUAAUGGCAAAGAUUUGAUGGGUGAAAGAAUAUCUGUAGAGAGAGCAAGGGGAACUCCUAAAGGAUCAGAUCAAUUUAGAGGAUCAGAUAGGGGAAGUUUCAGAGGACCUCCUCGUGGCAGACCAAGAGAUAGUUUCAGAAGGGAAUCUAAAGGCAGAAAUAUUGACAGAUAUGGCCCACCAACUAGGACGGAAAACCGCUUGAUUGUUGAGAAUUUAUCAAGUAGAGUUAGCUGGCAGGAUCUUAAAGACUUCAUGAGACAAGCUGGUGAAGUAACCUAUGCAGAUGCCCACAAACAAAGGAAGAACGAAGGAGUUGUGGAAUUUGCUAAUUUUUCUGACAUGAAGAAUGCUUUAGAAAAAUUGCAAGAUCAGGAAUUCAGUGGUAGAAAAAUUCAUUUAAUUGAAGACAAAAGGAAAAGUGGAGGUGGGCGCAAACUUUCGAAGAGCAGAAGCCGUUCUAGGACAAAAUUCCGUAGAUCUAGAUCUGGAAGUAGUAGAAGGUCGAGUAGGUCGAAAUCAAGAUCACCAUCUAAAGGCAGGUCCCCCAAAUCUAAAAAUGGUUCAAGAUCGCGAUCUAGAUCUCUUUCUGAAGAUUCUGGAAGAGAAAAUAACCAUAAUGACAGAUCAAUUAGCCGUUCACCUAAGCGGGAUGAAAAAGACUAACUUUAUAUAUAUAUAUUUCGGUCAAAUAUUGAAUUAUUUCUUUGAUGUACUUCCUGAUUUUAUAAUAACUAAGUGGAAAUGUACCAUUUGGUUGAGAAGCAUUAUAUAUAUAGAUCGAUUUAUUAUUCAAAAUAUAUGGGUGUCUUUUUUUAUUAUUUUCAAAUUAACUGAUUCAAAAUGAAAAUUUUGACUCCUGUAUUUAUGAGUUAUUCAAGAACUAUUUCAUCAAUGAAUUGUUCAAACUGUAAAUGUUUUUUUUUAGCCCUGUUUUCGGGUCGGUAUGAUAAAUAAAUAAGUUAGGUUUCUUUGAGAAGAGGCGACAAAGAAACCUUACAGAAAAA